GUAGCUGAACCACGGAGUUGCAUAUAAGUCUGUGGCUUGAACCACGGACUUGUAUGAUACCCGUGUGUAGCUUAACAGUUUUGACUUACUAAACCUGUAGCUUGAACCACGGAGUUUUAUGUGACAGCUACACUGAAAAUCAUCGGAAGUAAACAGCCGUUUUCUUCGAAGAUUCAUUAUUACUAGUUGUGAAAUUAUUUUAUUGAAACACAGUAUGAGUGGCAUUUUCUCCAAGACAACUAAGCUGAUGCUACGUAAUGUCCUCCGCCAUACAGACUCCCACAACAGGGUGGUGGAGGAAGCAGAGAUGUGGCAGCAAUAUGAGCGUCAGAAGACAACAGCUGAUGUUGGCCCCAACAACCCUUCAUUCCACCACGAUGACCGUUGGAGCAGAGACUUGUAUAGUGGACAGCAUAAAUUUGACAGAAAGAAGAGAAAGAUGCAAGAAGACAGACAAAUGCCUUAUAUGGACCAGGAUAACUCUGAAAGUACAUUUUGGAUGAGACAACUUGACAAGGCUGAGAGAUCUGAUCCAAACAGGAGACAUGCAAAGAAGAAGAAGAAAAAGAAGAUGAAAAAGAAGAAAGUUAAAGAGCGGAAAUCUGAAGUAAAAGAGAAAGUGCCCGGAUGCUUGGUCAAACUAGACAGCUCAGGGUUACAGAGAUACCAACACAUGCAGCAGCUUGACAAGAGAAAAGAUUGUGUACAGGAUGACAGUGAACAAGAGGAAAGCAAGUACAGUGGGAAUUCGCAAGGUGGUGAAAACUAGGUGAUCGAACCUUUCGUGAUCUUCAACCUACACCAUCUUCAAAUUCUCAGUCUUGACGCCAAACGACAUCAACUUGAAACCAACCCUAAUGGUAGUCGGGGCGUUCUUGUAUAGACAGUUGGUGUGGUCUGUGAAAGGGUUAAGUGGAUGCCGAGGUAUGUGAUUCCAUCAACCUGCUCCACAUUUUGUGCAUCAAGAGGAUUUCCUUAGAAUUUGGCAUGUUUGGGGUAACAAGAAAUUGUUUUUCUGCGGUAGAAGACAAACGUCUGAGUCUCAUCUUCAUAUUCUGAGACUGAGCCAUCACGGUCAUUAGUCUAGAGUAUAAAUAGCACCAGUGCGGUCAGCCGGUCACACAGCCUUGUAAACAAACACAAGAUGGGGGUUGGGAAUGAGGACUGGUGGAGACGAACUGCUGACGAUUGGUUAUUAAGGACCUACAGAAUGAUCUCAAGUUGCCGUGAUUUAGCCCUAGUUUGCUGGCACGGCAUUCAACACAAACAAACAGAAUGAUCUCACGAACUAGAAUGUGUAACCUGACAGUGCUCAACGCUGAACUUAGGUCAGUACAUGUACUUCUAUCGCUAAAAUACCUAAAUUCUUAGCUACAUCAUCUCACGUGGAAACUAAGGUUGGCUAAAUCAUCUCACAUGAUGAAUGUUGUACUGGUUUCAUCAUCUCGUCUCGUGAAAGCAUGAUCGACUUCGUCUCAUAUGCGAUGACCUCACCUGAACUUUCGAUUGGCUACAUCGUGUCGCUUGAUUAAUGUUUGAUUGGCUACAUCGUGUCGCUUGAUUAAUGUUUGAUUGGCUACAUCGUGUCGCUUGAUUAAUGUUUGAUUGGCUACAUCGUGUCGCUUGAGGAACGUUUGAUUGGCUGCAUCGUGUCGCUUGAUUAAUGUUUAUUGGCGACAUCGUGUCGCUUGAUUAAUGUUUGAUUGGCUUGAUGAAUGAUUGGCUACAUCGUGUCGCUUGAGGAACGUUUGAUUGGCUUGAUGAAUGAUUGGCUACAUCAUGUCUCUUGAUGUAUGUUUGAUUGGCUUGAUGAAUGGCAACAUCAUGUCUCUUGGUGUAUGUUUGAUUGGCUACAUCGUGUCUCUUGAUGUAUGUUGGAUCUGCUACAUCGUGUCUCUUGAUGUAUGUUGGAUUGGCUUGAUGAAUGGCAACAUCAUGUCUCUUGGUGUAUGUUGGAUUUGCUACAUCGUGUCUCUUGAUGUAUGUUGGAUUGGCUACAUCGUGUCUCUUGAUGUAUGUUGGAUUGGCUUGAUGAAUGGCAACAUCAUGUCGCUUGGUGAAUGUUUGAUCGGCAACAUCAUGUCGCUUGCUUGCAAAUAUUCUGUCGUCGUCGGUGAGUGAGUGCUUGUAGCCAUCAGUGCGUUUGAAAAGCCUAUCUCGACUUGCCAAACACUGUUUUAGAAAAGUGAAAGGACCCCGCCAUGCUUUCUUGCUGAUAUGCUUAUCUUUUAAUAGCAUCUCCCGAAAUAAUGACUGCUUGCUGACGAAAACAUUAAGUGUAAGAGGGCGGUAGCGGGAGGGCUGUGAUAACGACGGUAUGUUUACAGCAGCUUGUGGGAUGGAAGCUGUAGAUGUCCCGCCGCGUCAGACUUGGCUGGUGUCGAUGUACUCGUCAGAUUUCACCCCAAACAUCUCAGUCUACGAGGCUGCGGGCCCGUCCUACUUACUUGUAUAUAUUUAUAUACGCUGUAAGGCGUGGGUUCAGUGGUCACGUGACAUCUCAUGUUUCGUCAGUUUUCUGAAGUCACAGUCUUGGGAACUGUGGCGAAGGAGCGUAACAUUCACGUGACUUUGUGGAUGUUCUGAUCUCACACACUGUAGAUGGGAGUGAGCACCAUAUGAUGUCACUGUAGAUGGGAGUGAGCACCAUAUGAUGUCACACACACUGUAGAUGGGAGUGAGCACCAUAUGAUGCCACACACACUGUAGAUGGG